AGAGUUGGAUUAUAGUAUUGCGCGCUGAUCUUUCACUGGGUUUUUUUUUGUAUGUGUCCCUCGCAUUAGCUGCACUCUUGCCACUGACCGGCAAUUAAUACAUUAUCGGAAUCAAUAUCUCUCCGCCGCGGUGACCUCUGUUGAGCUUUUUGGGAGAACCAAGCGCUGCCGCUGUUUCCUCGCCGGACGCGUGUAGUGAAUUAAUAACCAGCCUUACCUGGAGAGAGCGAGAGAAAGAGGGAGAGAGAGAGAGUGUGUGUGUGUGUAUGCACUAAGUGUGUAUGAGAAAGAGUGUGUGUGUUUCUUUGGAUCAGAUCAAGGAUCGAGGUGUUUCACCGGCUUUGGCUCCGCGCACUCUCAUUCACAGACGCGACGCACACCGGGGGGAUUUGGGCACCGCAUGCCGGGGACAUGUGGAAGUUUGCGCCGCUGUAGCGCAGCCACAGAGCCGGUCUACCGCCUCGUCGACCUCCCCUCUUCCUACCCAGGGGGACCAAACUCCCGGUGCACAGCCUUCACACACUGAAAAAACCCUUCCAACAGGACCCCAAAUGUAAAUCCAGAGCGAGAGAUCUUCAGAAACACACGUCUGCAAAGGGAGGACAGUGGAAAAAAAAGGAGGACGGCAUCCCGUUGCGUGAGUUUGGUGAGGUCCUUCGGGGGAUUUCGGGGCUUUUAUUUUUUGAUCGCCCUUGUAUUUUCCUCAGCAUUUUGUGGGUCUCACAUUGGCCCCACACUUGCCGCAGUGAUGGUGGGAGCUCCGUGCCCCGUUGGCCCUGGCCGCUCCCCGGCGACAGUGCGGGGGCUGCUGCCGGUGGCCGCUCUCUUCCUCUUGGUCCUGUCCAGCGGAGCGGACGGUCAGCCCUGCCCGGCCCAGUGCUCCUGCACCGGGACUACAGUGGACUGUCACGGCCAAGGGCUCCGCAGCGUGCCCAGGAACAUACCCCGCAACACGGAGAGGCUGGAUCUGAACGCAAACAACCUCACCAAAAUCACCAAGGCGGAUUUUGCAGGACUGAGGCAUCUGCGAGUGUUGCAGUUAAUGGAGAACAAAAUCACCACAAUCGAGAGAGGAGCCUUCCAGGACCUGAAGGAGCUGGAGAGACUGCGCCUGAAUCGGAAUAAUCUGGCCGUUUUUCCCGAGCUGCUUUUCCUGGGAACAACGAAGCUUUACAGACU